AUGAAUGGCCGCGAUAAUGGUCACGCUAACGGCCACGCGAAUGGGACAGACUCCAGCAUUGAUGUGGUGAUUAUCGGCGCGGGCAUCUCCGGAAUCAAUGCCGCUUAUCGUCUCCAAACCGAAUGUCCCAAUUACAGCUAUACCAUCCUCGAGGCCCGCGAUGAUUUGGGAGGCACAUGGGAUCUGUUCAGAUACCCCGGUAUUCGAUCGGAUUCGGAUCUCUAUACCUUUGGAUUCCGCUUUAAUCCCUGGACCCCUAAAAACCCGAUUGCCGAGGGCCAUAUGAUCAAAGGCUAUAUGCGCGAGACUGCCGAGAAGUUUGGAAUUGACAAGCAUAUGCGCUUUCGCCAUCGUCUCAUCUCUGCAGACUGGUUCAGUACAGAAAACCUCUGGACACUCAAUAUCGAAAAUGACAGCCAUACCAAGAUCGUCAAGGCGCGAUUCAUUCUCUUCGGCUCUGGCUAUUACAACUACAAGGAACCCCUGGAGGCGAAAAUUCCCGGUCUAGAAAACUUCCAGGGCCAAGUGAUUCACCCCCAGUUUUGGCCAGAGGAUCUAGACUACAAGAAGAAGAAGAUCCUCAUUAUUGGCUCUGGCGCAACUGCUAUCACAUUGUUGCCAAAUUUGGCUGCUCAGGCCGAACGGGUGACCAUGAUCCAGCGCAGCCCGACAUACGUCUUUUCACUCCCAAAUAACGGCAACACCUUGCUUCUCUGGUGGCUUGUACCAUUUUCUUGGCUCCUACCCAAGACGUUAUUCAAGAGUAUCCAGCGCAUGGCCUGGCUACUGGCUGCAAGAUUCCUAUUCCUUUUCUGUCGCAGUUUUCCCUCCCUAUCAAGGUGGAUCCUUAAGCUCCGAGCCAAAAGGCAGCUCCCAUCCCAUAUCCCUCACGACCCACAUUUUAAACCACGCUAUGGUCCCUGGGAACAGCGUCUUUGUGUCUCACCAGAUGGUGACUUUUAUAAAUCUCUGCGCAGUGGCAAGGCAGACGUGCGAACCGACACUAUUAAGACCGUCACUAAGAAAGGCAUCACCAUUAAUUCGGGUGAGACCCUCGAUGCAGAUAUCAUCAUUACAGCCACAGGAUUGAAACUUCAAAUCGCCGGUGGAGCUGUCCUCUCAGUUGAUGGAAAGAAGAUCGAUAUUGGCUCGAAGUACAUGUGGAACGGCAUUAUGAUCCAGGACCUGCCUAAUGCAGCCUUCUUCAUUGGAUACACCAAUGCUUCAUGGACUCUAGGUGCGGACGCAACAGCGCAAUUUGUGACCCGUCUUCUCAAUUCUUUUGAAAGUCGUAAACUUAUCGCGGCUACUCCCCGAAUGAACUCACAGUAUGCCGGCGAGGUUCAAAAUCGCCCCUUGUUGAAUCUCUCUUCCACUUAUAUCAAUGUUGCGGAUCGCGUUCUCCCCAUGGCUGCGGACCGAGGCCCCUGGCAGGCAAGAGAUCACUACCGGAAGGAUAUUAAGUUUUCGCUUUAUGGGAAGAUUGAUGAUCAGAUGGAAUAUGUACAUGGGUCAGAUCUGCAUGUUCAGCCGAAGAUUGCAUGA